AUGGACUCACCUUCGGAGUCAGCUACAGGUAUAUUGACAAUAAUCGGGAAUAAUCCUUCAUCUUUCACAGAUGAUAUCAUUCCUCUAUCCUCGAUAGGAGUUAAGGUCGUUAUAGUGGAUGUCUUCUUGAUAUUCAUGACCAUUGUCUUCACCUCAUUACGGAUUAUCUCGCGACGAUUAAGGGGACAAAAGCUUUUCCCUGAAGAUUAUCUACACAUUGCAUCCAUGAUAUGUUUCCAAGGAAUUGGUUUUCUUAGUAUUGCAAUGUUUGUGAGAGGCUUUGGGCAUCACAUAUGGGAAUUGCAAAUUUUCCAUAUAGCACCAUUGCUUAAGGUUUGUGUUCCUCCAUCAGGUGCACCGAUUGCACGCAUGCAUCAACUGGCUCGUCCACCUGCUCAUAUUGUUGUUCUUCAUUUGCUUCAGAUGUAUUACGCUCUGAUGAUCCUUUACGCCAUAUCUCUUGGGUUGGUAAAGAUUAGCAUCUGUUGGUCUCUCGCGCGCAUAUUUUCCACCCCGCUUCUGGUUUUCGGUGCGCGCAUCUUGAUGGUGGUGUCUGCCUUAUGGGCAAUAACGACGAUUUUCAUAUCUAUAAUCUUCUGCCACACAAUCGGUCUAGAUUGGUCAAUGUUCUCGACAGACGAGCACUGCUUGAACCUCACAGUCGCCUAUGGUAUUCUGGCCGCGGUCGACGUCCUCGUUGACUUAUUCAUCCUGGUUCUUCCAUUUCCGACGCUCUGGAGUCUGCAGAUGCCGAAAUCAACCAGGGUGGCCUUGACCUUUGUGUUCAGCACGGGAAUACUGUAA